AUGCCAAUGGUGUCACAAAUGUCGCCGAGGUCUACGGCCGGGUCUCCUCAGCCCGAAGGCGCCCGUAAGCGGCGCCGCACUCCGCUUGCCUGUGACGAGUGCCGCGAUAGGAAGCGCAAGUGUGAUGGUGUGAAGCCUGUAUGCGGCGCAUGUCGUCGCCGAAGCAUCACGAUUUGCGUCUGGAACGAGGAGAGAGUCAGCAAGGGGUGGACCAAUAGUUAUGUCGAGGGCCUCAGGGCUCGGAUACGGGAGCUCGAGUUGGCACAGAAUCACCCACCAGGACAACCUGUUGAUAGCCUUCUGUUACCGGGGCUGUCACCUCCCGAGCCCACCAAUGCCAGUCCAGAGAUGCCUCAGCCAAUGGGUCAAUUCACGAGCCCGCCAGCCGACCAGAGAUUACAGAGCCCGCCAAAUUACUAUAUUGACGUGCAGGCCGACCAUAGGCCUAGCGUAGAUAAUGGCAUUCCUGAUCCGUUCAACGACUUGUCGCAAUCACUGCGCAAUAAGCCGGACUCUCCAGCCUACCAGGACGCAGAUACCGAUCUUGACUCUGACUCGAACAGCGACGACACUGGUGUCAACGCAAUGGGUGUCAUAGCGCCCUUCAACAGCAUUAGUGGUAGGCGAAACCGGAGACCUUCUGAGUAUUUUGGCCCCUCCAGCACUGCGAGCCUGGUAGACAGAGCAAGGAGUACCAUGGGCCAACAGUGCCUCAUACACCGGUCUAUAAUGAAUAAUGUCGCCUGCUCUCAAUGUCAACGUGAGCCGGUCUCUGUUCUGAGCCCAUCUUGUACUUCAUCAGGAUGCUCCCACUCGCUCAAGACGGACAGCGCGGUUUUUGGCAUGACAAUUCCGCCACGCGACGAGGCUGACGACCUUGUGGAAAAUUACUGGCGCUGGACACACUCACUCUAUCCACUUAUUCAUCGGCCGUCGUUCGAAGAACGUUACCGUAUGAUCUGGUGUCCUCAGACUGAAUCACGCCGUCUUCGCACAGAGGCCCACGCCUCCAAACCGGCAGGUCUUUAUACCUCCAUAGGUGAUCGUCUAUUUUACUGCAUGCUUAAUAGCGUGUUUGCUCUAGGUGCUCUCUUCAGCCCCAGGAUGGACCACAAGGACCGAGAGCAGUUGAGCCGCAGCCUCUAUGAGCGCGCUAAAAAGCUCAUGGAUUUAGAUAUGCUCGCCGCAGGUAGUUUGGCUCUCGUACAGACGUUGCUGCUCAUGGGCCAGUAUCUGCAGAGCACUGAGAUGUCGAGCACGUGUUGGAACAUCGUUGGGCUUGCGGUGCGUGUUGCCCAGAACAUCGGGCUACACCAUGACCCCAAGAAUUGUAAUCAAAGCUGCUGCCCAGCCCAGUCUCUUGACCAAACGGUGAUGGAGAUGCGAAGACGAGCCUGGACGGGUUGUGUACUAUUGGAUCGGGUCCUCUGUUUGACGUACGGGCGGCCCUUGAUAGUCCAUGCGGCCAUGCCGCAUAGCCAGCUCGUCCUUCCACUAGCAGUAGAUGAUGAGUACCUGACACAACUUCCGGGGGCGCCAGGAGCUCAGCCAGACGGAACACCGAGCCUGACGGAGUGCUAUUGUGAGACGGUCCAGCUGCAGGAUAUCCUCGGCGAGGUCCUAGCCACAAUGUACUACCCGGAUCCCAAUCCAAAUCCGAGCUCCUCAACCAGCAAUGGAGCAAAAGAUAUUGAUUUCCACAAGCUUUUCGCCAUCGACAGUCUUCUCAAAGCAUGGCAUAAAAACCUCCCACCGCAUCUUCAAGCCUGUCGGUACAGAAACAGCGGAGAGCCCCCGGCGCUCAGCCCAUCAGACAAUGAGGUGGUGUUUCGUAGACAGGCAACCGUUCUAGAAGUAAGAUACCUGCAUGUUCGCUUAAUGAUGCUCCGGCCAGUUUUGUCAUGCAUUUGUGACCCAGCGUUCCAAUCAACUGAAAUGGUCACGGAUUCCAUACAAGAUGAGACAUUUCUCAAGGCAGCCAACCUAUGCGUGGCUGGAGCACAGGAAUUACUACAGUUCAUUGAAGAGAAUAUGAAUUUCAAGACAGAUCUCCUUGCUCCCCCGUGGUACACGGUCUUCUAUAUUCAAAGUUGUGCUAUUGUUUUUCUUAUUAGUCUAUUAUGCUCUCCGAAACAUAUUCGUUGUAUGGACGAGGCCUCGCUUCUCAAAGGACUGAGCCGCUGUUUCACAGCUCUCAGAAGGUACCAGAGCCGAAGCCGUGCGGCGGGACGCUGCCGCAAAUUUCUUAUCACGGUUCAGCAAGAAGUUUUCUGCUACCGGAAUCAUAACGGAAUGAUGAACGACUUAGCAGUUCUGGAAGCUCCGGAGACCGCAGCCAUGUUAGGUGGUGAAAGUAGACGUGUGCGGCCAGACCUUUCCACCUGGAACAAAGAUCCGCUCUCUCCGUCAAACAUUUUGCAAGAAGAUGUACGCUUUGACCAGCACCUGUGGAUGUACAAUACUUCCGAUAUUACCUGGCUUACACAAGGUUCAUACUACGAGGAGCAUCCACAGAGCAGUUAG